AUGUUUCCAGCUCUUGUAAACAAUACUUUUCCGUGGAUUGGAAAAAAAAUCACAGAUCUUCAAAGACUAAUUUAUCCACCAAUAUACAUAGUUCUGAAUGAAUGGAGUAGUUUGCUAGUUUCGAAAGUAAUUUACGAACUUACAAAACUUGAAAUUGCAGAUAUUAUUAAAACUCAAGGCGGAGAAAUGAAUAUAAGUGAGAUUGCUAAAAUAACUGGAACUAAUGAAGAUAAAUUAAAUCGUCUCCUCCGUGUUGCAACAUCAAAAGGUAUAUUUCGUGUUCUUGAUAAUGGAGUAUAUGCUAAUAAUCACCAAUCAAUAGUGUUAUGUAAAGACCACCCAAACACAAUUAGAAAUUUUAUUUUGAUAUAUGAAGAAAUUUCUUCAGCAGCUAACUAUUUAGCCUAUGAUUUGAAAUUACAAACUGAUAAUAAAAAGGAGCAAAUGACUUCAUUCGCAAAAGCUCAUAAUGGCAUAGAAUUAUAUGAAUGGUUGUCAUUACCUGAGAAUAAAGAAAGAUUUGAAAGUUUUAAUAAGGGAAUGGUUGAACAAGAUAAUAUAAGUGGCAAAGGUCUUUAUCAAGAUUAUGAUUGGUCACAGUAUUGUAAUGCAAAAUUUGUAGAUGUCGCUGGUGGGAUUGGAGGUUUUUUGUCUCAUUUGUUAACGUGUUAUCCAACAAUGAAAGGUGUUCUUUAUGAACUUCCUAGCGUUAUUGAAAUGUCUGAACAGGUAUGGUUGACAAAACAUAAACAAUUGUUAAACAGAGUUCAAUUUGUUCGAGGUGAUUUCUUUAUAAACCCUCCUCCGCCUGCCGAUAUUUAUUUUCUACGCUCCAUACUUCAUAAUUGGCCUGACGAACAAGUCAUCAAAAUCCUUAAAACAAUUCGUUCUGCCAUUCCUUUAACCAAUUCUAGUUCAUCUUAUAAUGAAACGACUUCAAAUUUCAAGCCAAAGCUUCUUAUAGCUGAUAGAGUGAUCAAUGAUCAAAGUCCGUCUUUUAUAUAUCAAAUGGACUUAAUAAUGAUGUGUUUGUGUAAUGGCAAAGAAAGAACAAAAUCAGAAAUGGAAAAACUUUUGGAUGAAUCUGGAUGGAAAUUUACAAAAAUUACUUGUUGUAGAGGUGGAUUUAGUGUUAUUGAAGCG